AGUUAUUUUUCCAAAUAUUCUCAAAGCAAUGGAGGCACGAGCAGACUCUCUUAUCAUUUCUUCUUUUCUUCUCUUGAUUGCAAUACAAGCUUGUCAGUGCUUCUCAUAUAUUGAGGAAGGUCCACAAUCAGUCAAUGCUACUGUUAACAGCACUGUAGUAUUCACUUGCAGUGGUACAGGCUCAUACCCGAUUGUGUGGAGGAUCAAUAACAAUUUAAUCAAUCAUCAUUUGGAUGACAAUUACCAUACGAGUGGCACUCAACUUAGAGUAAACAAUGUAACUGCAGACCUGAAUAAUUCAAUGGUUUAUUGUUCUCGUGGUAAUGAUAUUUCAGCUUUAAAUACUUCAGAACCAGCUUUGAUCCUUUUACAAGGAUAUCUUGAAGCACCUGUGAUUAUGAAUGCAAGUUUCAUGGGCAACACUACACUCUUGGUAAGUUGGGCUGCUCCAAACACACUGGACAAUGUACCAAUCCUUGGCUACCACCUCUCCAUCAUUAAUCAAGUGUCAGGAGUAUCUGUGGACACUCAUUAUUCUAACACUAGUAUGAAUGGUAGUAUUGAUUCACUGGAUGAUAAGAACUGCUAUGAAAUAAGAUUGACUGCCAAUAACAGCCUAGGUGAUGGUGAAACCGCAUUUGCUUACCACAAUAGAACAGUUGCCAUACCUAAUCAAAUUAAUUACACUGUGAAAGGUACAGAUUCUACUACAAUGGAAGUAACUACAAUGCUACAAAUUGAUAUCAGUUGUUUUCCACUGAGUGCUAAUAUAACUCUCACAGCUUUUCCUACAGAGGAUAGUACUAAAACUGAAACUGUCACGACAAUCAUUAAUAGUAGUGAGGUCAAACCGAUUGAGUUUUCAGCACUGCCUAAUAAGGUGUAUUCCCUUACACUAAGACUCUACAACUCCACUACUGGCUGGGUACUACAGUCUCCAUAUGCCACUAACAUUAGCACUUAUGAUGUACAGAUGAUGGAAAGAGGAGAAAUGGAUGGACAGCAGUGCCUAAGAUGCCUCUUUGCUGCAAACUCACAAGCUACAGGCUGCAUCAUUUUCGUCCAUGAUAAUGAUACCAGUGACAUACCAUUAAUGUAUUUCAAUUCUCCUGUUAUCUAUAACGAAUCGGUCACUGAAUGGAGAUGCUAUGCAGAAGAGAGCAAUCGGGAUUUGCUUGUCAGAGCAUAUGAUGUCGAAAGGUAUGGCAUUACUAGUAAUCAGGCAGCAAUCGCUCUCAAUAUCAAUCAAAUACCAUUGAUCUCAAUAGUCCCCAUGAUAACAUCAUCAAAACAAAUGCUAUCAACAUCUCACAAUCCCAUCAUGACAACUUUCACUCACAUGAACCCAGUUAGUUUUGUGACAGUGUAUAUAACAACAAGUAGAAUCAUCACAAUCGCCCCCUCCUAUUUAAUCUCGACUGUUACCAAUGGUCUCUCUCCUACAAUAACUACUGGUGGCGUUAAGGACGAAGGAAAUAACAAUAAUUUUGUACUGAUAGUCCUGGCUGUUCUUGUGGUUCUGUUCCUUGGAGGUAUCAUCUGUUUGAUUGUGACUGUUGUCAUUUUAUUCAGGAAAAACAAACAACAGAAAGUUUUACUACUGAGACUGCAAAAGACAAUCGUACCAAAUACGUACAAUCCAAUAUAUGAUAGAAGCAACAGCAUAGUGACAGCCAAUCAAAGGGCUGUAGAUAAACUGUCAACUGAAAUUGAAAGACCAUUAAAUGUAAAUACAGGAACUCAUAUCUACAGCGAAAUUAAUCUUAAUAAACAUGAAAUUAAGCAAAAUAAGGAUAACGGACAAUUGCCUCCUCCUGUUCCUCCUCCUCCUAUUGCAAGGAAUGGAGCUAAUGGCAACUCAGAAUGGAUCAGCAAUCCCAGCUAUGGACAAACAGGGCUCUUACUUGAUAAAGGAGAGACGGGAACUGGGGGAACCAACGGAGGAGCAAGUGGAGAGGAGUUUAAGAUAUAUGAUAGUCCAAAGAAGCAAGCUCUUGACCUAGUUCCAGACUUAAACCCAUGCCCUGCUUAUGCUCAGCCUCCAACAUUGCCAGCACGUACUAAUAAAUAAAGCAAUGAACCCUGUAUUGUUGUGUGUUACAUUUAUAGUGUGUGAUAUAGUUAUCCAUAUAAUGUUAUACUUUAUCAUAAUUUAUUUUAUACCUUUUUUA